CUUUCCGUCUCCUUCCCCUUCACGCCAUUCUCCAAAUCCGCCAUUGUUGCGAGAAACCAACCUUCCUUCCCUCACUCCCCUCUCUAGCUUCAGUCUCCAAACACGAAUUAGAUUCCUCUGCUCUCGUCUCGUCUCGUCUCCGUCCUUGUUAUUUUUUUCUUCUUCGGCUUGUUGACCAUGAGCUGGGAUUUCACCGGCGGCAGGGGCGGAGCAGGAGGAGGUCGAGCUCGUCUGCCUAGCUACGUGCCUCCGCACCUCCGGAACGCUCCAGUUGCGAAUCCCUACAACGCUGCUUACGGCUACUCGCCUUAUUCUGCUGUCUACAAUGCUCCUGGAUACGGCCAGUACGGUGGCGGCGGGUAUGUGCUCGGCGGGCAGCAGGAUUUCGCCCCUCGCGGCCGCGGCCGCCGCGGGAGAGGCGGUCAGCGGCGGAACGAGUACGAAUCGUCUUCUUCGUCGUCGUUUGCCGAUGCGAUUGCGGAGAAAUUCAACGAGCUGGAGGUGCUGGGCGAGGAGGAAGCUGCUGGAGGCGGCGGAGGGGGAAUCAACUUCGAAGCUUACGACGAUAUCCCGGUGAAGGCGACGGGGAACGAGGUGCCUCCGCCGGUGGAGAGGUUCGACGAGAUCGAUUUGGGGGAAGGUCUGAUGCAGAACAUCCGGAGGUGUAAGUACUCGAAGCCGACUCCGGUUCAGAAGCACGCCAUUCCCAUUGCGGUGGCCGGGAGGGAUUUGAUGGCUUGUGCUCAGACCGGGUCGGGGAAGACCGCCGCGUUCUGCUUUCCGAUCAUCUCGACGAUUUUGAAAAACGGGUUGAAUUCGGGUCCGGGUGGGACCCGGACGGUGGCCCAGCCAUCUGCUCUUAUAUUGUCUCCUACCAGGGAAUUGUCGUGUCAGAUUCACGAGGAGGCCAAGAAGUUUGCCUUCAAGACUGGAGUGAGGAUCGUUGUUGCUUAUGGAGGCGCAUCUAUUCAACAGCAGUUAGGUAGCUCAUGCAAAUGGGCAUUUUGCAGCAUUUGGCUGGUGGCCCAUUUAAGUGGUGAUGUUGGGUUAAGGUUGUUUAACAGUGUGAGGUUUUUCUUCUAUGGAAUCUGUUGUGUUGUGCAGCUUUAUAAUUUGGAGAAGGGUGUUGACAUCUUGGUGGCAACACCAGGACGUUUGGCUGACAUGAUUGAUAGAGGCAGAGUAUCUCUGAAGAUGAUCAAGCACCUGGCUCUGGAUGAAGCCGAUAGAAUGCUUGAUAUGGGUUUUGAACCUCAGAUUAGGAAGAUAGUUCAGCAGAUGGGGAUGCCUCCACCUGGUCAAAGGCAGACUAUGCUCUUCAGUGCUACAUUCCCUGAUGAGAUACAGAGACUUGCAUCUGAUUUUCUCAAGGAUUACAUCUUUCUAUCCGUUGGGCGAGUUGGUUCCAGCACUGGGUUGAUCUCUCAAAAGAUCGAGCUUGUCCAGGAUAUGGAUAAGAGGUCACACAUCAUGAAACUCCUCCAUGGCCAGAAAGCAAACGGCAAGCGCGAUUUGACACUGGUGUUUACUGAGACAAAGAAAGGAGCAGAUGCCUUGGAGUACUACUUGAGCAUGAGUGGCCUUCCCGCUAUAGCUAUUCAUGGCGACAAAGUCCAAAUGGAGAGGGAAAGAGCUUUGAGAUCAUUCAAAGCCGGCGUCACACCAAUCCUGGUUGCAACCGACGUGGCGUCAAGAGGCCUGGACAUCCCCAACGUCUCCCACGUCAUCAACUUCGACCUCCCCAAGGACAUUGACGACUACGUCCACCGAAUAGGCCGAACGGGGCGAGCCGGCAAGUCGGGACUAGCAACGGCAUUCUUCAGCGACCAGAACAUGCCACUGGCGAAGCCACUGGUCGAGCUCAUGAAGGAGUCUAACCAGGAGGUCCCUCCUUGGCUGAGCGAGUACGCCAAGAGCUCCUCAAACACCUACUCUGGCGGCGGCCGAUACAGACGGUAUGGCGGCGGCGGUGGUGGUGGGAGCAGACAUGGUGGGUAUGAUGACUACCGCAAUGACUACUCAGGCGGUGGAUAUGGUGGUUAUGGCGGGGCGAGCUAUGGUGGUUACGACUCGGGUUCUUACUAUGGUGACAAUGACUACGGAGGUUACGCCGCGCCGCCUGCUUGGUCUGGUCUCGGCGGUGGUGGUGGCUACGAGCUUGGGACUGAAGCUGUUGUGGCGAGUGGCUGGGAUAUGUAGAAGAUGGUAAGAAUGGAGUUCGCCAUUUUACUAUCUUUAGUGCUAUCUAUAAUUAGGUGAGAACGAGAAGAUAUAGGGAGAGAAGAGAACUAGGAAGAAAAGGCUCCAUCUGACUCUGAGAAGCUACACUGACUUUUGGUGAGCUUCUGGAGCUUUGUAGGCAAUGAAACAGGUGAAAUUAAUGGUGGGAAUUGGUACCUUGGUACACAGGCUUUUGGAGUUUGGUUGCUGGUUUUGUUCAAUCUGGUUCUUAUUCUCUUCAAUUCACUCUUUAGGGAUUUGUGUGGGUUUGUGGUUUCUUUGGAGGAUUGAUUGAAUUUGUUUAUGAUGAUGUUCCGGAUG